GUUUGUUUUGUUAUUGUUAUGAAAAUGUCUGAUUUUCUAGCAGAAAAUAAUAUAUGUGGCCAAACGAUUUUGAAUCUUGUUUCCAGAGGAAAUGCAAUAAUUGCCGAAUUGUUGAGACUCAAAGAUUAUGUACCAAAGGUUUAUAGGCUGGAAACAAAACAAGAUAUCCAAAAAUAUAGUGAUAUAAUCCUGGAUUUCAGUUUCGUCAAGAUAUCCGAGAGCCAUGAACAGAAAAUUGAAAACAAUGAAGUGCUCAGAGAUUUGGAUGAAGAAUUCCGAGAUAACCACAUUGAAAUUAUCAACAGAUUUUACUUGGUGUUUGAAAGUAUUCAUUCCUACAUAACAGACCUGAAUCAGUUUUUAGAGGAACUUGAGGAGGGUUUUUACAUUCAUCAAACACUUGAAAGCACAUUCCUUGAUGUUGAGGGAAAACAGGUCAUGUGUGAAGCCUUAUACCUAUAUGGUCUUAUGUUACUUAUUGUUGAUGGAAACAUAGAAGGAAUAGUUAGAGAACGUCUCUUAGUGUCAUAUUAUCGCUAUGCACCUCAGAGACAGGACACUAGGAGUUGCAUUGAUGAGGUAUGUAAGCUACUCAGAGAUACUGGUUAUGGUACUUCAAAGAAAGCAUCUACAUAUCCAGAGGAUUAUUUCAGGAGGAUCCCGAUAAGAUCAACUUAUAUCGAUUACGUCAUAGGCCGUCUCAGAUCCGACGACAUCUACGGCCAAAUCUCCGUGUACCCGCUGCCCCAGCACCGCAGCACAGCUCUGGCCACCCAAGCCUCCAUGCUCUACGUCUGUCUCUACUUCUCCCCCCACCUGCUGCACUCCCAAACGGCCAUCAUGCGCGAAAUCGUCGACAAAUACUUCCCCGACAACUGGGUGAUAUCGCUCUACAUGGGCCAAACCGUCAAUCUAACAGAAACUUGGGAGAACUUCAAGGCAGCCAAAUCAGCGCUGAACAACACUUUGGACCUCGGCAAUGUCAAGGAGUAUGCAGCGAAUUAUGGUUCCGAAGUGGCUAAGUUGCACAAAACCACGAGCGGUUUGCUGAAGGAGGGAAAUAUCACUAGGGAGACGCUGCUGAAGAGAACGCAGAGUAUCAGCAACACUCUCAGGGAGUGCAACGUCACGGUGAGGUGGCUGAUGCUGCACACGGUGUUGAAACCUGGGCAAGCUGACAAGACCAAGAGAUCCAAACAGCUGCGCGAGCUAGUCAUCUCCGAGUCUAAAUGCGAGCCGAACUCCUUGUUCAAAUUGCUAUCGAAUACCGCCCAAUUGGAGCUCGUCGUCAAAGAUCUGUACAAACAGCUGCUUUCGGAUAAGGAGGCACAGUGGGAGUGGCUGAAAGAGGAGAGCUUCGGGAGGUUGGAGGAGCUGUCGGAUGUGUUCGGAGGCACGAAGCCCCUGUCGAGGAUAGAGAAGAACGAAAAGUUGCAAAGGUGGUUCGUGGAGAUAGCUAAACAAGUGAAGUCCUUGAGCCAGGAUGACAAUGGAUCAUCCAGAAAAAUCGUUCAGUUGAUCCAGGCUCUGGAAGAAGUCCAGGAAUUCCAUUCGUUAGAUAACAAUAUGCAAGUGAUACAAUUCUUGGCGGAAACAAGAAAGCAGUUGGAUCAGAUGAUCAGGACGGCGAACAUCAAAGAAGACGUGCUGAUCAACUUGCAAAUCAUCGGCGAUAUCAGCUAUGCAUGGGAACUUAUAGAUUAUUACACCAACAUCAUGCAACACGGUAUCAGGAAGGAACCAACGUUGGUAAUCAAAUUACGAGCUGUCUUUCUCAAGCUGUCCUCCGCAUUGGAAAUACCUCUUUUGCGCAUCAACCAAUCUCGCAGCGACGAUCUGAUAUCCGUCUCGCAAUAUUACAGCAAGGAACUCGAGAUUUACGUGCGAAAAGUGUUGCACAUCAUUCCGAGCAUGAUGUUCGAGAAAUUGGCGAGAAUCAUCCAGAUGCAGACGACAGUUUUGAAGGAGUUGCCGACCAGGAUAGACAAGGACAAAAUCAAGGAUUACACGCAGCUAGAGGAACGGCACGAGUUUGCCGAGUUGACACAUUCCAUCUCUGUUUUCAGCCAAGGAAUGAGAAUGAUGAAAAGUACCCUGGUUGGGGUAGUGAGAUUGGACCCGAAACAACUCCUGGAAGACGGACUAAGAAAAGAACUGGUCCGCCAUAUUUCCAAAGCCUUACACACUGAACUGAUCUUCAACACAAAAUCCAAACCAGACGAUCUCCAACAAAAACUGAAAACGCUAGUUCGAAUAAUGGACGGAUAUAAACGGUCUUUUGAGUACAUCCAGGAUUACAUCAAUAUCAACGGUCUGAAAAUUUGGCAAGAAGAAGUGACACGCAUCAUAAAUUUCAAUGUGGAACAAGAGUGCAACGGGUUCCUCCGUAACAAGAUACAUCCGUGGCAGAGCGUCUUCCAAAGUCGAUACGUACCGAUUCCCUUGUAUAUGCCGACAGAUCAGAGUGUCAACUUCAUCGGGAGACUUGCUAAGGAGGUCAUAAGACUGACAGAUCCAAGGAAUUAUUUAUAUUUGGAUCAAACUCUGGCAUGGUAUGACACAAAAACUCAUAAACCCAUUCUAAGUAAAGACGUAUUUGCCUCAAUCGCUACAGCGAUUGAGAUAGCAGGUUUAGUUGGAUUGGACAGGCUAUUUUCCUUCAUGAUUGUGACUGCCCUACAAAAAAUAUCAGCCUACUUAGAGAAUAAAAAUAUAAAAAUGCAAGCUUGGACGAACAUUAUACCGGCAAUACAGAAGGAAAUUAAACAAUCACGGGAACCCCCGAAUCCUUCCAAAACCUACCAGACCUACAUCAAUAGGUGUACGAAAAUUUGGCAGGAUUUCCUAGAGAACACUUUGUUCAUUGGUCAACUUCAGUUGAUCAGACGAUUGAUAGCAUUCUAUUUGAACACGUCCUGCAAAUUCAAUGCGAAAAACCUCGAAUCAUCGCUUCAGUCACUAAACAAGUCUUUGCUGAUAGACAUAAAAAAUGAGAGGUACCACCCCAGCGAAAAUUUCCUUCAAACUCUCUCCAGUUAUUUCGAUUAUGCUGGUCUGAAUCAACCGUUGAAUAAAAUCUACAUAACAUCGAAAAACGAUCUGGAUUACUCAAUUACCUUAUUUGUAUUCAUGAUAGCGCAUCUCCAGAAAUUAUUUCUACCGCAAAAUACAGGAAGUGGCUACAGAAAAGCACCUGACCAAAUAGACGGUACUGCAUUUGCAGUUGGCAUUCACACCAUUUUGAAGCAGUUCCAUUCGAGCGUUAACAAGGAUUUCAUUAAACGUCUCUCUGACUAUUCUCAGCAACUCAUGAAACAAAAUAACAGCCUCAGGACCACUGAACUUGCGCCGGAAGUUGUGCUCAGCAUCAGAUUCUUGGAAAUUUACACCAAUUAUUCAGAGGAAUCCAGGCAAUUUUACAGGGAAUGCUUACCUAGGGAAAUACUGCAUAUUCAACAAACUCUGUGUUCACCUACAGCAGCACAUUGAUAUAAAGAAAACUGUGACAAGCCUUAUUGGUAAGAAGCAUUAUGCUUGAUUUCACAUGAAUAUUGAUAAAAACUAUGUGAUCUAACAUAUUAUAUAUUUGUAUUCGUUUCAUAUUGUAUUAUCUCAUUAUGAAUUAUAUUUAUUAUACGUUUC